AUGGCACUUGUGCCAGGGAGCAGCGAGGAUGGGCCUUGGCCUAGAGAUAGCCCAGGCUCCUCCCAGCACCCAGAAAGUCCUAGGCUGACCAGCCCCCUGUGGAUGGACAGAGGAGAAAUUGGCAGGGUUGAAGGUCACCAGGAUGUUCAGUUUGGUCCAAGCACCCUGCUUAUCCUGAUUCAGGUGGUCUCUCAAAAGACUCGCCUGCCCUCCAUUGUGGUGGAAGCUUCUGAGGGGAGUGAAGAGAGCGGGGAGCUGGGCUGGCCACAAGAGGAGCUGCUGCUGCUCACUGAUGAGGAAGAGGAGGCCGAGGUCUUCUUCCAGGACCAAAGUGAAGAGGCAGGCUGGACUUGGAGCCCACUGGACCCCAGAUCUCCGUUAAGAACCUUUAACCCAGAACUCAGCUGGGGGCAGGAACAGGUAGAACAAGAUGUCUCCUGGAUUCCCGAGGACACAGAGUAUCAGGAAGCCUCCAACCCCUGUCCUCUCUGGAACCCAGCAACAGGCUCCCACGUGUGUAGAAGCUGCUUUGUGGAAUAUUCACACCUCCUGCCUCCCAGGAGCUUUGAGGGUUGA